UAUACCAUGAGUUUGACUCCAAUAUCCACAAUCUACACAAUCUAUAUCGUAAUGUUAAUAAUGUCUAGUAAUAAAAGUAACGCGAAACCGUUAGUUUAAUACUCGCCGAGCGGAAUGCGUCAUAUUUACAGAUAAGGAAAACAAACAAAACACCUAGUACCUACUUCAUAAGAUGGCAAAAGAUAGGUUAGGUGAACUACGAAAGGUGCAAGAUAAGAAAACCAACGAUGUAUCCAUUGACGUCGACGAGGACACCAACCCGGCGCUUGGAGGCGACCUGAAAAAAACAUUCGAAAGGGCCGAAGUGCUGGGACAGUGGAUCGGGACCGUAGAACAAAAUGUCGUGGCCAUCCGGCAGUACAUCGGCAAACUGGACGACUUAAGCAUUAGCCAGAAAGAUUUGGGGGAAAAAAUAGAAAGCCUGUUUCAAAACAACACGAGCAUAUGCCACAAAAUCAACCCGAAAUUUAAAGAAAUGGAGGAAGAACUGAGGAAUAUAAACGUCGAAUCUGCCGAAGGCAGGAUAAGAUCCAUACAAUAUAAUACGUUGAAAACUAGGUACCAGAAAAUAUUCAGACAAAACAGUUCCGAGUUGGAGAACUUUAGGAAUAUCCAGAAGUCCCACUUGGAGGCGCAACUUCGAGCUAAAGGAGUUCGGGUUACUGACGAGGAGCUGGUAUCGCUUUUAGAGAAUAAUACGGAUAUCCAGUUGUUCACAGAUAAUAUUAUUGCAGAGACCGCAGAAGCGAAGCGGGUGCUUGCGGACAUAGAAGAAAGACACCAGCAAUUACUGAAAAUAGAGAGGAUGCUUGUGGAAGUUAGGGAUUUAUUUUUGCAAAUGGCAAUUCUGGUGGAUACACAGCAAGAUUUGAUAGACAGGGUGGAAUACCAAGCCCAGGCAGCUCAGAACUACGUGGGGAGAGUACCAAAGGUGUUGAGUAACGCGAAAAAGAAAAGGAUCAAAUCUCUGAAGUGCAAAAUCUAUUUGGCGAUCGCGAUUACAGUGCUAGUUGCUAUAAUAUUAAUAUUAUUGUUCAAUUAAUCGCAGUCCUGAUUUUAUAUUUUGUGACAUAAAACUAUUUCAAUAGCUUUUGUACUUUGUAAGAUAAUACAUAUUCUGUCUGACUAAUUUUUACAAUAAAAUUUUUUCCAUAAAUA